AUGGAAGAGCUGGUACGUUCUUGUUUUGGUGUUGUUUUUAGUAUGGUUUUGUUCACUCUCACCGAAGCUUUCGAUGUCACCACCAUUCCUUUCGACCAAGGCUACAGCCCUCUCUUUGGCGAUGGCAAUCUCAUUCGCUCCCCCGAUGGUAGAGCCGUUCGACUUCUCCUCGACCGUUACACAGGGUCUGGUUUCAUCUCAUCGAGUUAUUACAAGCACGGAUUUUUUAGCGCCAACAUUAAGUUGCCAUCAGAGUAUUACACCGCUGGAGUUUGUGUUGCCUUUUACACAUCGAACGGCGACGUAUUUGAAAAGUCUCACGAUGAGCUGGACUUUGAGCUGUUAGGGAAUGUGGAUGGGAGGCCAUGGAGGCUUCAGACCAACCUGUAUGGAAAUGGCAGUACGAGCCGCGGCCGAGAAGAGCGCUACCGCCUUUGGUUUGACCCCACCAAAGACUUCCACCGCUAUAGCAUUCUUUGGACCCCAAACAUCAUUAUAUUUUACAUUGAUGAAGUUCCAAUAAGAGAAGUGGUAAGAAGUGAAGAAAUGGGUGGAGACUUUCCAACGAAACCAAUGUCCUUAUAUGCCACAAUAUGGGACGCAAGUAGUUGGGCCACCAAUGGUGGAAACUACAAAGUGAACUACAAGUAUGCCCCAUUUGUGGCUGAAUUCAAAGACCUAGUUCUUCAAGGCUGCCCUCUAAACCCUACUCAACAAGUUCCACCCACCGUGGCUGGUUGCUCCGAGGAGAAUGCCGCACUCGAGAGAGAAGACUAUGCAGCCAUCACGCCCGAGCGCCGCUCCGCCAUGCGCAAGUUUCGCCAGCGUUACAUGUACUACUCUUACUGCUAUGACAUGACGAGGUACCCUGUGCCGCCGCCCGAGUGCGACAUUGUCCCCUCCGAGAAGCGGCGGUUCAAGGAGACAGGUCGGUUGAAAUUUGGAGGAAGCCACCCGAAAACUGUUCACGAGUCGAGAAAACAGAGCUCCACCAAUAGGGCUUAA